AUGGGUUCACGCGGCUACCAGCCAAUCGAUACACCGCUUCUGGAGGAGACGGAGCUGUUCGUGAGAAAGUCGGGCGGCGACCUCGCAGGACGGCUGUACAAUUUCACCGAUCCCGGCGGGACAUCGGUAAGCCUGCGCCCUGAAUUCACCUCUUCCGUCAUACGCCACUACAUAGACAACGAAGAGUCACUGUCGCUGCCGUUGCGGUGGCAGUACAGCGGACCGGUCUUCAGAUACUCUCCGGCAGAGCAGGGGAGCUACCGGCAGUUUACGCAGUCGGGUGCAGAACUGGUCGGUGCAACAUCAGAAGAUGCGGAUAUCGAGAUAAUUUCGCUUGCCGUUUCCGGCCUGCACGAGAUUGGGCUAGACGGAUUCAGGCUACGGCUCGGACAUCUGGGAGUGCUGCACAGCCUUUUGGACGAAUUUGUCUCAAAGGAAGGCAAGUCAGAUGUGGCAGGGCUGAUGGAACGCGCGGGCGAGGUUGGGCUGCUGAGCGGCAGCGUGGAUUUGGGGAUUGGGCUGGAGACGGCCCUGGAGAGCAUGAGCACGGAGGCAGCCGAGGAGUUUGUUCUCGGGGUUCUGAAGGAGUCGAUGCCGGAACCAGUUGGAAGGCGGACGACCGAUCAGAUCGUCGCGCGUCUGCUGAGCAAGGUUAGGCAGGCCAACUGCCCGGAUGCUUUCGAGCGCGCGUUGAAUUUUGUUCGGACACUUUCGGGGCUUUGCGGGGAGCCGCAGGCUACGCUUCAAGCAGCGCGAGCCGCCGCCGAUGAGUCCGGUGUAGAUGCUGCGCCGUUGGAUGAGAUAGGGGCACUGCUGGAGCGUGCGCAUUCGAUAGACAUUGGGUGUGGCAUCUCGGAGUCGCGGGUAUCGCUGGAUAUGGGUAUGGCUCGCGGAAUCUCGUACUACACGGGCGUAAUCUUCGAGCUUGUUGCGGGUGAUGAUGGCACCGCGGCGCUGGGCGGCGGCGGGCGAUACGACGGACUGGUACAGGCGUUAGGCGGCAGCGAGGGCGUUCCUGCGAUGGGGUUUGCUUACAAUGUGAAUGAACUGCUUGAUGCGCUGCUGGACAGCGGCAUUUCGUCUAUCAGGGCACAAGGCAACGGAGUGCAGACGAAUGGUGUUUAA